CAUCGAAUGUCCGUCCCGUCGCCGUUUUCAUCGUACACGGGCGAAUAGUUGAACAGAAUGUCAUUCCGGGGCCGAGGGGGUGGAUUUGGUAGAGGCGGUGGAGGAGGCGGUGGUGGAUUUCGUGGAGGAAGAGGAGGCGGAGGUUUUAGAGGAGGCCGAGGAGGUGGCGGCGGAGGUGGAAGAGGCGGUGGCGGAGGUGGCUACAACAGAGGAGGUUUUGACCAAGGUCCACCUGACCAGGUAACAAACCUUUGCCAUUUCGUGUGGACGGUUCAAGACGACCUCGUAGCCAAGGCAGACAUCGAAGACUUGCCAUAUUUCAACGCCCCCAUAUAUACUGAGAGUAAACAACAAGUUGGCAAAAUAGACGAAAUUUUUGGCAAUAUCAGAGACUACUAUGUGUCCAUUAAAUUAAGCGACAACAUAAAGGCUUCCAGCUUUGAGAAAGACACAAAGCUCUACAUAGAUCCUGCAAAACUUUUACCACUACAACGAUUUUUACCCAAACCACCUGGCUCUGUUCAAAAACGUGGAGGUCGUGGAGGUGGUGGACGCGGAGGCGGCAGAGGUGGUGGUUUUGGCGGAGGUCGAGGAGGUGGCAGAGGCGGAGGAGGUGGUCGAGGUGGAUUUGGCGGACGAGGUGGUGGUGGCGGAGGCUUCAGAGGUCGAGGAGGUGGGGGAGGCAGAGGAGGAGGUGGAUUUGGUGGGAGGGGUGGUGGAGGCGGAGGUGGAAGAGGACGAUGGUAGAGUAAAAUAUUGUCUUAUAAGAUACAGAAUGUAAAGAAAUAAUUCAAUGUAAUGAAUUACAACUAUACCAAUCGAAGUUUUCAUUUCGAAAAAAUUAUCCAAUAUUGAUCGGUGAUAGAUAAAAAAAAAUAUCUAACAUAAUUUCAUAUAACUAGAUCCUCUGACCUCAAAUGGAAGCAUACAUGAUGUGCUACUUAUUACGUUCUAGUAAUAAUGAUAAUAAUAAUUCACCGAUUAAAGUAUAUACAAACAACAGAUCCCAUGUAAUGCAUUUUUUCUCACGCUCAAAAUACAUACAUCCUACAGCUUCUAUCAGUCUGUGUCUAGUAGGUAAAAGAGAGGUUUCUAAUACUUUGAACAUAUGACCAACAUGUCUUGGGUCAAAACUUUUUUAUAUCAACUGAUAAUAAUGACUAAGCAUUACCGAUUGCAACGAUUGACUAUGUGGAGAAGUUAGAUUUGAAACUAUUUUUUUAAAGCCAAUUUCUAUUCCAUCUAUAAUUAUUAUUAAAUAAGAGAAAAAUAUCUAAUACUGUAAACUACAACUCAGAUGUUAAAUAAACUCACGAAA